AAAACAAUGACAGUCUCCUUCUUUUCUCCGUAUAGUGUGGUAGUGAAAAAAAUAUAUUUUUAUUUAUUUUUUUUAUUUUUAGAGAAUACUAAAAAAAAUCACAUUGCAGAUGAUGAUGAAAUAUAAUACGGUAUAAGAAAUAUUUGCUCAUUUUAUUUUGGAGGACGCGCACACCGCAAUAAAUUCCACUAUAUACAUCAACCCACGUGAAGGAAGAUUCCAUAAAUAAAAAAAAAACAACAUAAUAAGACUUUGACAGAGUUUUUUUUUUUGAGGAAGCAAAAAUCAAAACAAAAACAAAGUUUGUAAUUAUAUAAACAAAUAAUGAGAAACUAUUAAAAGAAAAUAUUAAUUUAUUCCUUUAUAAGUAAGUAAAAUUUUUUAGUAAACAAGAAUUUCCUGGAUUGCUGUUAAAAGGAGGAAUUUAAAGAAAAUGGGUAGAAAAAAUCAGAAAAAACAAAAUAACGCUGCUAAAACUGAAAACGCCAAAAAAUUGUCACCACAGAAGCGAAAUGAACUAAAUUCAUUAGUAGAAUCACUUUUAAAACUUGGCUUCAAGCAAGCGAAUAACCCAACUGAGAUGUGGAAUCAAUAUAAUGAAUUACAAAGUCUUUUAGAUCGAGUAAUUGCCAUUGAAAACAGUGUAAAACUCAAAAAUUCUUCUAACUCUAAUAAACUACGAACGAAUAAAAUUGAAAAUUUCAUUAAAUGGGCAAAAGAGAAUGGAGCAUUAUUUGAUAAAGUCAAAAUAUCAGAAUUUCCUGGAUAUGAAUUAGGCUUGGAAGCAACAGCUGAAAUUAAAAAGGGAGAAACUUUGAUAACAGUUCCAAGAAAAAUAAUGAUGUCUGAGUUAACUGUGCCAUCAAAUAAAAUUGGAACUGAUAUACCUUUCUUUGACACAAUGGCAAAUGUAAAAUUGGCAUUUAUUUUAUUAUUGGAAAAACUUGAUGAGAACAGUUUUUGGAAGCCUUUCAUUGAUAUUUUACCAGAGCAAUAUUCAACAGUAAUGUAUUUCAAUUAUAGUGAAAUGCAGGAAUUGAAAGGUUCAAAUUGUUUUUCAAACGCAUUAAAUCAAUGUAAAAGUAUAGCAAGGCAAUAUGCAUUUAUAUAUAAGUGCGUCCAGACUUCUAAAGAAGCUGAAAUCUUGAAAGAAAAAUUUUCAUAUGAAAUGUAUAGGUGGGCAGUUUCAACUGUGAUGACAAGGCAAAAUUUUAUACCAGAGUUCAGUGGGAAAAACAUUGAUGAAAAUAGUGCUAAUGCAGUUAUACCUGCUUUAAUUCCACUUUGGGAUAUGGCAAAUCAUAGAGACGGAGAGGUAACAUCAUCUUACAACUUAGAUCAUGAACGUCUAGAAAGUAAUGCACUUUUUGAUUUUAAUGUUGGAGAACAAAUUUUUAUAUAUUAUGGAAACCGGUCAAAUGCAGAUCUUUUGAUUCAUAACGGUUUUAUUUAUCCUGACAAUUCCGCAGACAGUGUUUCUAUUAGGCUAGGCUUGGGUAAUCACGACGAGCUUUAUAAAGAGAAAACUAAACUUCUGGAUAAACUUGACAUUGCAAACAAUUGCGAACUUAAAGUUUUGCCAGCUCCAAAAUAUAUUUCCCCCCAUCUUUUAGGAUUCGUGCGAGUUUUUCAUAUGAACAAAGACCAACUUGAUCAUUGGGUAAACUCCGAGCGAACUACUGACUUAUUGCAUAUUGACUGUGCUUUAGAAACUAGUCUCGAAAGUAAAACUUGGCAAUUUUUGCAAAAUCGUUUAGAAAUCCUACUAAGAGUUUUUCCGACUACACUCGAAGCUGACGAAAUUACGUUCGCAAAUUUCAAAAAGGGACAAAUAAAGUUGGGACACAUAAAAUCAAUGCUACUACAUUAUCGUAUUCUCGAAAAAAAGAUAUUGCUAAAUGCUUUAGAUUACGCAAAACAAAGAACAAAAGCCUAAUAAUGAGGAGUUUUGAAUGAGCCACACGGACAAUACUCGAAAAAAAAAAAUACUAAAGGUCGAAUAUAUUUUUAAUUAUAAUUCAUUUUAUUUAUUCACAUUUCAAGAAUAGGUGUUUUAAUUGUUUCAUAUCUGGUCAUUAAAAAUAAAGUUUGUUUGUAUAUGUUA